AUGGCACUCAACUCUAAGAAAUUAAAACUAGUAAAAAUCAGUAGAAACAAACAAAAUUUGACGCCAGAAAAAGUGCGUUUAAAAAUGUCUUCCUCACGAAUAAAUUUAUCUAUCAUUAGAAUAAUUUUAAUGUUAAUAAUAUCAAAAUCGAUAGUAUGCAACCGUCCACCAAGAUUUGCUACAGACGGACAGUCAGAGAUUGUGUUAAGGCUAAAGGAAAGUCCUGAAACCCAAGUUGGUACACUUAUUUAUAAACUUAAAGGUUUUGAUCCAGAUAAUGAUCCUCUAACAUUUGGCAAACGUCCAACACCCGACAGUGAUGUUAUACGCAUUGAAAACACUAACAGUAACGAAGCUAACGUUUAUUUAGCUAAAGAACUUGAUAGAGAAACACAAGAUGAAUACUCAAUAAUUUUAACACUCAGUGAUAAUCAUUACAACGAUUUUAAUUAUGUUACACAGAGUUUUCUACUCUUGGUAGAAGAUAUAAAUGAUAAUGCACCAAUAUUUUUACCUUAUCAUAGUGCUAUUGAAGUGCCAGAGAAUAGUUCACCAACAGUGCUUAUGUCACUAGAAGCUACCGAUGCAGAUGAGGGUGCAUACGGACAAGUUGUGUACUAUUUGCAAGAACUAGAAGGCGAUAAUGAUAUAUUUUCUAUAACAACUUAUCAAGGGAAAGGCAUACUUAAGCUUAUUGGCGAUUUAGAUUAUGAAAAUAAAAGCUUAUAUCAAUUACGUGUCUUAGCCAUAGAUCGUGCUAAUCAGGGACCAGUCAACACUGGCACUGCCGCUAUACUAGUCAAAGUAACCGAUAUAGAAGAUCAACCCCCAGAAUUUGUGGAAGUGCAAGCAGUCGCAAGAAUUGCAGAAGAUGCACCCAUACGUACAAAGGUUUUACGUGUGCGUGCUAUUGAUGGAGAUCGCGGUAUCAAUAAUCCAAUACAAUAUGAAAUUGAAGAGAACGAGUUAUUUGAUAUAGAACCUAGCACAGGCAUAGUUUACACUAUAAGUGAAUUAGAUCGUGAGGAUACGACUAAUCAAGUCAAUGGCGCACACAUAUUGCAGAUAAAAGCCACGGAAAUAUCUAAAUCAACUACAAAUACAGUGGACAAUACGACAGCACAAACGGAAGUCACAAUCAUAAUUACAGAUGUUAACGAUGAGAUACCAACGUUUAGCCAAAGCAUUUAUCGUUGUGAAGUCAAUGAAAAUGCACAGGUUAAUACGCCUUUGACUUAUAUGGAUGAAAAUGUACAAAAUUUUGUAUAUGAUGGCGAUGUAGGGAAAAAUGGUACUUUUCGUCUGUUCUUAGAUCCUCAAAAUGAUAUUUUCGAAAUUGUGCCAGCCUUAGCAGUCAAUGAGGCGAAUUUCAUUAUACGUGUGAAAAACUCUGAAGCCAUAGAUUACGAGCGAAUGAAAGAAAUAAACUUUACUAUAUUUGCGAGGGAAAUAGAAGAGACUAGCAGAUGGAGUUCCGCACAUGUCGAAAUUUACAUACGUGACCAAAAUGAUAAUUUUCCUCAAUUUAAACAACCGCUAUAUAACGCCAAUGUACCGGAAAAUAGUGAUAUUGGCACUAUUAUAACGAAAAUCGAAGCAAUUGAUGAAGAUUCCGGAGAUUUUGGAACUAUGGGAAUACGUUACCGUAAUCUUAAAGGCGGUAUUGCCCAUUUAUUGCAAUUAGAUCCAAUUUCUGGCACUAUAUCUAUAAAGCAAGCUGGUGGUGAAGCAUUUGAUCGUGAAAUUAUAUCACGACACUAUUUAACCGUAGAAGCUAUUGAUAAUGUCGGUUUGGGAAAUCGGAACACCGCACAAAUUAUAAUUAACAUAGAUGAUGUUAAUGAUAAUGCGCCUAUAUUUUUGCAAAGGAGCUAUGAAGCCAAAUUACUGGAGAACAAAUUUGAAUUUGAAACCCCACUUAUGUUAGAAGCACGUGACAUUGAUUUAAAUGGGACUGAAAAUAGUCAAAUCACUUAUGAAAUAGUUGAGGGACUUUAUAGAACAAAUUUUUCUAUAAAUGCUGAAAAUGGUAUAUUAAAACCACUACAACCUUUCGACUAUGAAGAACUUGUUGAAAAUAAGCGUCAAAUCCGUAGAAUGGAUUUUGCUGUUGGGAUGCGAGAAAUAGAUCUUUUGGUACGUGCACGUGAUUCUGGUAUACCGAUGUUAUCAACAGUUGUACCAGUGCUCAUCUAUGUGCAGGAUAUUAAUGACAAUCCACCAAUUUUUCAAAAGAAUUUUUAUGCUAAAACAAUACCAGAAGAUCUGCCUGGUAGUAGUUCUGUAUUGCAAGUGCAAGCAAUCGAUCGAGAUGGUUCCGCACCAAACAAUGUCAUUGUGUACCGCAUUCAAGCGGGCGCAAGUGAUAAAUUUAUAAUUAAUUCAGAAACCGGAAUAAUAUCAGUUGCUCCAGGUGCCAAUUUGGAUCCAGAUCUGACAGAUAAUAAGAGAACAAAUUAUAUCUUGACAGUGAUUGCUCUUGAUGGAGGUAUAGGAAACUCGCAACUCAUGAACUCAGCCACGGUUAAUAUUACAAUUAAAGAUGUAAAUAAUAAGCCUCCUAUUUUAAGUGACCUACCUACGGUACACAUAAUGGAGAAUACACCGGUGGGGCAAACAGUAUAUCAAAUAAAGGCAACAGAUUUGGAUGAGCUUCCCAUUAUUAGAUACCAAAUAAACAAAAGCAAUUCUGUAGCUCGAAAUGAAGAGGGAUCAUUUGUUAAGACAACCGAAUAUGAUUACCUUUCAGUAUUUGACUUAGAUCCAAUUGAGGGAAACCUAAAGUUGGUAAAGAUAUUAGAUCGUGAAAAAGUGGAGCAUAUUAAAUUAGCUAUUCUAGUUGAAGACUUGGCAGCUGCUAAUGGAAAACAAGUUGUAGAAGGUUUCUUAAAUAUUGAAGUCGAUGAUGAAAAUGAUAAUAAUCCCAAAUUUAAGCAGCCAUUUUAUCGCAAAUCCAUUACAGAGAAUAGCAUAAAUGGCAUUUUAAUAGCAAAUGUAGUUGCAUAUGAUAUAGACAAAAACAAAACAAUCAUAUACUCGAUGGAAGGCAAUCCUAUUUAUAGAAACUUAGUACACCUGGAUACACAAACCGGUGAAAUACUUGUGGCAAAUAAAAUCGAUCAUGAACAACAUCAAUGGUUAAAUUUCUCUGUACGUGCAACCGAUUCCGGUGUACCACCUAGAUCAACGUUAGUAGAUGUAUUUGUGUCUGUACUAGAUGAAAACGAUAACAAUCCAUACUUCAUUGGUGGUUCAAAAAAUUACACGAUAAGCGAGAAUGCUGCAAUUGGUACAAGAGUAGGCACAGUACAAGCUGCAGAUGCUGAUUCUGGAGAUUUUGGAAAAAUCACUUUUUUAAUGGAUCGCAUUAGCUCACAGGGAAAGUUUUCAAUUGAUGCGGAUACAGGAGUACUAACAGUCACCGAAAAGCUUGAUCGUGAAUUGAAAGAUUUUUAUAUGUUAGUUAUAGAAGCUUGGGAUAACUAUCAGUUUGGUUUCUUAGCUGGCGAAAGUCGAAAUGCGUUUAAACAAAUUUUUAUUUCCAUAUUGGAUGAAAAUGAUAAUGCACCUGAAGUUACUUUACCUACGAGUUGUGUUCUCAUCACCGAAUACCACGAAUUGAACGAAAAAAUUGCUACUGUACAAGGAAAAGAUGCAGACGACCCAAAUUCUCCAAAUGGACAAUUGAAAUUUAGCAUAAGCAAGGGAACUAAAGAAGGAAUUUUUGGAUUACAACAAAUUGAUUCCUGGACUGCUUACAUUUUUGUAAGAACAUCCCUGCGUAAUAGAUUCGGAAACUAUACUCUUACGAUAACAACACGUGAUUUAGGUGUACCAGCUAAUGUAGUAACAAAGCAAUUAGAUGUAUGCGUAUCCGAUUUUAAUGAUCACGCCCCGAUUUUUGUUUCGCCCUUGCGGAAUACAACAUUACGUAUACCAGAAAAUUCUACAGUGGGUAGUAUGAUUAUACAGGUAAUGGCUAUAGACGACGACAUUGGUAUGAAUGCUUUGGUACGUUAUAGGCUAAAGCCUGACCCAUUAGGUAGCUAUAAACUUUUUGAAAUGGAUGCUGAAACAGGACAACUUUUUCUCAAAGAGAAACUAAAUCGUGAUAAACAAAAAAUUCAUGAGAUAAGAAUUGAAGCUUAUGAUCAAGGUUUACCAGCGUCAUUAAGCAGUGAUCUUGAUUUAACUAUUUAUAUACGAAAUGUUAAUGACUAUGCGCCACAAUUUUUAGUAGACGAGAUUUUUGUAAAUUUUACAGAACAUGCUGACCCUGGCUCAGAACGUAUUAAAUUACCUGAUACUAUCGAUAAAGACGAAUUAGAUGAUUUCGAUAAUCCACCAAGUCAAGUAUGCUAUUUUAUUAUAAAAGGUAAUGAAGAUGGCUUCUUUAACCUAGAACAGGAUACGCAUAUUUUAACUGUUGAGAAAGAGCUUGAUCGCGAAUUAAAAUCCAACUACACACUUUAUGUUAAAGCCACAGAAGAUUGUGCUUAUAAUGAGCAUCCAAACGAUAUUCCAACAAAUAAAUCUAUUGAUAUUGUAGAUAACUCAUUCAAUCCGUAUCUGGAAAUAUAUAGCAACAAUAUGCGAAAAUCUGAAAUUCAAAAAGCUUCUGACAUUUAUGACCGUCACAAACACUCACGUAACUUACGUUCAGUGCCAGCUUCACGUUUGGCUUUCGAUACCAUAGAAAACAUGUUUGAAGGAAAAAACAAUGAUUUUUAUGAUGAAAUAAGAGUUACGAAGAAGCCUCCAAAAAAUGUAGAACCACUAGUGACAGAUAAUACAAUAGUACGUAUCAUGGUUCGUAUAUUAGAUAUAAAUGACAAUCCUCCACGUUUCCGUACAAAAAUAUUCACUGGAGGCAUAUCUACGAAUGCUGAUUUCGGCACUAAAUUUAUGCGCGUUGAAGCUUAUGACCCUGAUGAAGGCAUCAAUGCUAAGAUUAACUAUUACCAAGUGGGCGAAAUACGUCAAACUUUAUCAGAGGGUUUAGAGAAUGUACGUAAAUCACCUUUUUUGGUUGACCGCGAAACUGGAGAUGUACAAUUAAAUUUUGAUCCACAAAAAAGCAUGAAAGGCUAUUUUGAUUUUAUGGUCUUGGCAAAUGACACACUUAGUAUGAAGGAUGUGGCUCAUGUUUUUAUUUAUUUACUGCGUGAAGAUCAAAAAGUUAGAUUCGUGUUUCGCUUACAACCGGAUGAAUUACGUGAAAAAAUUGAUAUUUUUCGGAAUACGUUGAGCAAUGUUACCAACUCUAUUGUAAAUAUUGAUGAAAUAAAAGUACAUGAAAAUAAGGAUGGAUCUGUUGAUAAGACGAAAACUGAUCUAUAUAUGCAUCUUGUCGAGAAAGAAGAUAAUUCUAUAUAUGAAGUAACAGAAGUACUAAAUCUCAUUGAUCUACACAUUGAGAGUUUAGACCAACUUUUUAAAGAGCUAAAUGUUUUAGAUACACAACCAGCGGAAACUGAAUUACUUACAGCUGGACCACCUAAAGGUCCUAUUUUUAUAUGGUUGGUCUUUACAAAUCUCUUUCUAGCUUCUUUACUUUGUGUUACUUUAGCGUUAUGCGCAUCUCAACGGAAAGGAUAUCGUCGUCAAUUGAGAGCUGCAAAAGUUAAAAUAUUUCGAUCGUCCUCACUAUCUCUUCAAAAUAAUGUUGAACCAGCUACUCGCGUGCCCAAUACAAACAAACAUUCAGUGCAGGGUUCCAAUCCUAUUUGGUUAAAAGGUUAUGAAAAUGAAUGGUUCAAAAAUGAAGAAAAUUUAAGUCAAGGUGGACAAGACUCUCUCGAUGAAAACUUUCUUGCUAUUAGUACUCAGGACAUUCACGAAACGCUUAAGGGUACAGCUAAACUAUUUAACUACACCAACGACCUUAAUCGUCACUUCAACGUCUAUAAUCAAAUAGAUAAACUGACGAAUAAUGCUCAGAUACUAGCAAAAAAGCUAGAAACAACAGAAUUGUAA